CAAAUGGGGGUGCCUCGUCCACUUGGAGAAGCGUAGGGUUUCCUUGAGGAUCUUGGCCACUUUUGGAAAAGUCAGAAGUCUCGGAUCUCCACAAGAAACAACCAAUCAUGUCGGACGCGGUGACUAGUUUUAUGAAAGACUUUUUGGCCGGUGGCAUCGCCGCUGCCAUCUCCAAAACAGCUGUCGCUCCCAUUGAGAGAGUCAAGCUGUUGCUGCAGGUCCAGCAUGCCAGCAAGCAGAUCACAGCAGAAACACAGUACAAGGGAAUCAUUGACUGUGUGGUUAGAAUCCCCAAGGAACAGGGCUUCAUUUCUUUCUGGAGAGGCAACCUGGCCAAUGUCAUCCGUUACUUCCCAACCCAAGCCCUCAACUUCGCCUUCAAAGACAAGUACAAGAAGAUCUUCCUCGGUGGCGUGGAUCAAAAAAAACAAUUCUGGCGUUACUUCGCUGGCAACCUGGCAUCUGGUGGUGCCGCUGGUGCGACUUCGCUCUGUUUCGUGUAUCCUCUCGACUUCGCCAGAACGAGGCUGGCUGCAGACAUCGGCAAGGGCACAGCAGAGAGAGAGUUCACUGGUCUUGGAAACUGUAUUGCCAAGAUCUUCAAAACCGAUGGGCUCAAGGGUCUUUACCUCGGAUUCAACGUGUCAGUGCAGGGUAUUAUUAUCUACAGAGCGGCCUACUUUGGAUGCUUCGACACGGCUAAAGGUAUGCUGCCAGAUCCCAAGAACACGCACAUCAUCGUCAGCUGGAUGAUCGCCCAAACCGUCACUGCUGUAGCUGGUCUCAUCUCAUACCCCUUCGAUACAGUCAGACGUCGUAUGAUGAUGCAGUCUGGACGCAAAGGAGCUGACAUCAUGUACAAGGGCACAAUUGACUGCUGGAAGAAAAUCAUCAAGGAUGAGGGACCAAAAGCCUUCUUCAAAGGUGCCUGGUCUAACGUGAUCAGAGGCAUGGGUGGUGCCUUUGUGCUGGUGCUUUACGAUGAGUUCAAGAAGUUUGCAUACUAAACUUUCAACCAAUCCCCAAGGAAACCCUUUACUUUGUUUAAGUCUUAUUUCUGGUGAUACAGUGAUAACAGCUUGGUGAAUUUACAGUGUGGGCGUCUACAGUAUGACAGCCCAGGUAAGGAGGGUGGGUGAACCAAAAGUGUAUAUAUCCCAUCUAGGACAUGCCAACAGGCAGUCGUUCAGUAAAAGUCAAGCAGGUGGAGAUUUUGUGAUGACGCACAUGAUGAUGUCACUUCAGGUCAUGCUUCCCAUGUUAGUAAGUUUGUGAAGCAAGUUGAGGAGACCCAUGUGUUAUGCUGUGACCACUCUGAUCCUCAUAAAUUAUUUUAUUAAGAAUAAAAACGUAUUAUUCUAACA